CCACCGUCAGUGUUUUUUUUUUUUUUUAUAGUAAUUAUGCAAGAUGGGUGGGAUCUUAAAGCGUCCCCUGUGGUAACUGCCCUCAGGAAUUUUAAUGAACUUUAAUUGCUCUACUGUUCCUCUUGACCAGGAGAUCCACAUCGAGACUAAGCUGGUCUGAGGAUCGUUUCUACAGACAGGAGAAUCAGAUCAAGAUUUGGGCAGAAUGGAGUUGAAGGUGUCUGUCAACGGCAUCCAACGCGUUGUGUGUGGAGUUACAGAGGAAACAACCUGCCAAGAAGUGGUCCUAGUAUUGGCUCAAUCUCUUGGGCAGCCAGGACGCUACACCUUGCGAGAGAAAUUCAAAGACUUUGAGCGGUGCAUGACCCCCGAUGAACGACUUCUGGAGACAUUGGAGAAGUACGGUGAGCAGGCCAAGGAGGUCCAGCUCAGCCUCCAACACAAUGGGCCCUCUACUUUGGAUGAAAUGGGCAGAGGGAAAGUUGGCAGAUACCAGCCCUGUCCGCCACUGAGACGGAAAGAAGUAGGACCUAAAAUGAGGAAAAGCAGCGGCUCCCUAAGCUUGCACCGCCAAAGCUUGCCGCCAUUGUCCACGUUCAGAGAAGAGGCAGAGAAGAAAAAACAUGACCUAAAGAAGCCUAAAAGAAAGUCUCUGACUCUCAUGGAGGAGGCCUGGGAAUGGCUGGAAAGUCUUGGCAAAGGAAAGGUCUACAGUACGACUAGUGACAAGCAAAACAAGAGGACGGAUAAAAAGGGCCGUACCUCUUUGGAUUUGUCCCUCUUUAUUUCAAAAGAACAACCAGAGCAGAAUAGCAAAGAUACAGGCCGAGGUCAGAAAAUUUCAAAAUCUGACUUGGACCAUCAAACAUCCUGCUGCAUUGGAAAUCAGACAAAGGAAAACAGCAAGUGCUCAAAGAAAACUGAAGAGUUCAAAUCUGACUUGAGCAGCUCAAUCUGUGCAGCAGUGACCAAAGAUGAAAAAAACCUGCUAAGAGAAUCCAUCAUAUGUCAGCUGUUGUGCUUGCAGGACUUACAGGUCCAAAUAACAAACACAGACAAACUGAUUUUUGACCUCGAGCAAAAGCAGAAAGCCAAAAGAGCCAAUGAAGAAGCUCAGGACAGAUCGGUUGCAGAGGUGUUGGAGCAGAUCAAAUUUUGGGAGAAUGAACUAAAAGCUGAGGAGAGUUACGAGAAAGACUUGCAGCAUCAGUUCCUCAAAAUGAGAGCCAAGGCUGUGGAGUGCAAAGCUAAAUUGGAGGAAUACAAGUGCAAAAUGCAGGGCUUUGAUUCUUUUGGCAAUCUAAAUAUUGCUCAAGAAGACCCAGAGGUAGUUUUAAAAGCUAAUGAAAAAGUUGCAACAAAGAUGCCUGCCAGCUCGAAAAAGGCCGAAAAUCUGGAAGGAUCCAGUGUGGAUGUAAAUGUCAACAGGAAGUUCCUGCCCAAAGAAGACCACAGCACUCCUCAUGCUCUAGUUGCUCCAAAUCAGAUAAAGGAGCGUCGGCCCACAGGACCUACUGAACUAAGGGAGUGGUGGAAACGCUGGUCAGAAGCUCAAAAGGCUCAAUCCCAGGAUGAAAAGAAGGUGAUUCAUCGCUCUGAGCUCACUAUAUACCUGAGAAGUACCAAGCUUUAGAGUCAGCCGCUGAAGAUUGAAUUCUUCAUUGUAAUAUAGCUGUGAUAUCUUCAUCAAAGGAACAUUUUCAAUGUUCAAAAACAGACUGAAAUUAUUCUGCUUUCACUGUUACAAUAUUAUCCUUCAGAUGACUAUGGUUUGAUGUUUAAACCUAGAAAACCUGGCUACAUUUAAGCUGCAAUUUGUCAUGUAUCUCUGAAACCUAACGCCUAACCAAGCAAUUAACCAAAUCCUUAAUUUUAUUUGUGUUUAGUUUGUAAAUAAUACUUCCUGAAUGUUUUGGGUUUCAGAGCUGGAUUUAAAGGUGUAACUUAUGCUGUAAAUACAGAGCUGUGAAAAAGCAAUUGCCUCCUAAACCUAAGAACUACCACCUGGUG